AUGGCAGGGCAGCUCUCAUUCUCAUGUCCUUGUGCCGCAGGGCUGGGGCGAGCUCAUCACACAGUCCCAUGAAUAUGGCUUUCCGCAGCCACUGUUCAUCCUCCCAGACGUGCAUGAUGAUGUGAUCCCACCACCCAGUGCUUGUUUCCCGAGCCCAAAAGCGGCAUUCCACUGUGGUCAGCACCUCUGUGAAUAUCACAAGCAAUCUCGGGUCGUAGCUACUACGUGUGGCGAGAGGAGUGUCACACUCCUCUUGCCUUUGUAGUUUAAGGAAUAACUCCACUGCCACUCGUGACGUGUUAGUCAGAGCGACUAGCAUAUUUUGUCAACAGUGCGGGAUCCAUUCCUGCAGACCUGAAGAGGUGGAGCGUGCAGUACAGAAACUGUUGAAAGAUGGUGCCAAAUGCGGACGGAAGCACAGGGAUUGCUGGGAUGCGAAGCAAUGCAUCGUGGGCAUUGGGACAGGACCUAGAAUGCCCCACGACCCCUUCUGCCUUCCCACAACUCUUAGCGGCGGAAAAGGAAGAGGGGCUCUGGGGGACAGCUGCCCAGAGUGCACCACUGCGAAUACCACUGCAAGUGUGACCACGCUGUCGCGCAGGCAGCUGACCGUGUGAACGCUCAACAGCAGUUUCCCUUCAGCGCUCUCGGAGCGGCGCUGUAUCUGCCGGUACUGUAACUCUGCCGGUGUAGAUGUAGCCUGAGCUAUAGCACGCCAGCUUGCCAUGCAGUAACUCGCUAAGUGCCUGCCGCUCCAGCGAAGUGAAGGUCCGAGGGCAUAGCUGGGAACCCCCGUCUCGGUUCCAAGGGCGCCCGGUCUGGGUUGGAGUGGGUGAUGUAUGUGUCUGGCAGGGCGUUCAGAAGGCUCAGUGUCCCAUUCCCAGUCCCCAGGGUCGUCCAAAAUGAUCUGAGCAGGAAUCGGUUUUCUCCAAGUAUGUCUGGCGCCUGCCACCAACUUGAUUUCUGGUUGGAAGGAAACAAACCAGACAAGGGGUGUUCAUUCGAGGAAUGAUGGCCUAGUGCUUCGGGGCACUAGCUGAGGCUGUGAAAGACCUGGGUCCAAGCCCCUGCCUUGCCACAGGUUUCCUGUGUGACCUGGGCCCAGAUCCUCAGGUAUUUGGGUGCCUAACUCCCACUGAUUUCAAGAACCUCCAGAGAAGCUGGGCCUCGCCUCAGUUCUGCACCUGCCCUCAGUUCUGCACCAGCCUCACAAGUUGGCUGUGAGGGUGACUUCAUUGAAUAUGAAUGCUACAGGAGCGGGAGCCAGGUGGGUCCCUUAGAUGUGCAGUUAACAAGGCCGGAUCCUGAUCACCCAUGCGGCGUGAGCCCGCUUUCCAUCCAAGCCUGCUGACAAAGGGCAGGUAACCGUCAGCGAUUCUGCCCGGGGUCAGAGCUGUAGAUUUGCAUGAAGAGGAUGGAGGGCUUUAUUUUGUUGACAACUAAGCACAGUGCAUGCAAAGAACGAGGCUUCAUAUUCCUGGCCCGCUCGGGCCAUUCAAAUCCUCAUUGCGAUCAGUAUCUACACACACGCGCGCGCACGCUUUCCUUGACCUGCUGAUCUGGAGCGUAAGUGGUGGCUUUGCAAGAGGAGAUUGAUCUGGGAGGGUGUUGCUAUCCAUAUAUAUUUGCUUGACAGGCAGUGUAGGCUAGUCCACUGAGCGUAGUUCUGGGAACUUGGACUUCUAAUCCUACUGUGAUGUGACCUGAGACUAGCCGCACUGACUGGGUGUGCCUCAGUUUCCCCAUGUGUCAAAGGAGGGUAAGAAGUAGUGACUCGCCUCACAGCGGGGAAGCAGCAUGUCUGGAUGUUAGAGCAAUGGCUUAGAAGCUCAGACUGCUCUAGUGGCUAGAGUGGGGGGUUGGGAGCCAGGACGUCUGGGUUCUAUUGCCAGCUCUGGGAGCGGAGUGGGGUCUAGUGGUUACCGGGUGACUGGGAGCCUGGACUCUUGGGUCCUGUGAGCUCAACUGAGUCAGUUCCCCUCUCCGUGCCUCACUUUUUCCAUCUGUAAAAUGGAGACAGGCCCUCCUUGGGGGGAGCAUGAAGCAUCCAGGGUUGUUUGAAGAUGCUUGGUGCUCUUUGGGAUCGGCUGCUUCUUGAUCACAAGACCCCGUGUUACCGCCUGCCUGUACCAAAGGCAUUCCCAUUUCUACUUGCUCCCCGGUGUCCCUAUUACUCCUGGCAACGGGGUGUCGAACAAGGAACGUUGAGGUGGGGAAGCACUGGAACGGUCCACCGGGACUUCUGAGACCUUUCCUGGCUAAGCCUGGAAUUGCAUCUGCCAUGCCGAAGGCUUUCCUGGUGAAAAGGCACCGGGCAACCACGCUGGGGUCCCAGGACUGGGGAGAGCUCUCGGACCAGCUGCGGGGCGACGCCUACGUCCCAGGGAGCAGCAUGAGCAUCUGCCCCGCAGCCUCAGGGGCGUUCCCAGAGGACAGGAAGAGCAGCUGGGACGGACCAAGUCAGAGAAGCUCCCCUAGGCCCCAUCCAAACCUGCUGCCCCCUGAUACUGCAGUGAAAUACCCUAGAGCAAAGGGGAAAGGGCCCCAGGGGCCGGGCGACUUCCCCUGCCCUGGGUGCAGCAAGGCCUUCCCCCUGCAGCGCAUGCUGACCCGCCACCUGAAGUGCCACAGCGCGGUCAAGAAGCACGUCUGCCGAUACUGCGGCAAGGGCUUCAACGACAUUUUCGAUCUGAAGAGACACACGCGGACCCACACCGGCAUCCGCCCGUACCGCUGCCACGUCUGUGCCAAGGCCUUCACCCAGCGCUGCUCCCUGGAGUCCCACCUCUGCAAGAUCCACGGGGUGCAGCAGAACUACGCCUACCGUGAGCGGCGCGCCAAGCUCUUCGUCUGCGAGGAGUGCGGCUUCACCUGUGCUGCGGGCGAUGAGUACUGCGGCCACGUGCGGCGGCUCCACCCCGGCAACUCCCUGCUGCGCAAGCAGGCCGCCGCCUCCCUCCGCUUCCUCCUCUACCCCAGCGGCCAUUACGCCUGAGGCUGGGCCCAGAGCCUCUCGUGCAGCGGGACCUCCAGCCCCAGGGCACGCGGGGAUCCUACAGCAAUCCGGUCAAGGGGAUAGCUAGCCACCCGACAGGGCUAGUAAGCGUUGUUCCCUGCCAGCCAAGCCCUUCCUCAGGGACAAGAGUCCACUGGGCUGACAGGAUCCCUGUAAUCAUUGAGUCAGGCCUCUGUGUAACACAGGCACUAGGGCUGCCUGGAAUUGGUUCCUGCUUGACAGAGAGCAGACCUCUUAGAAAAACAGCCCGUGGGGGAGGCUGUCACAGCUCUCCAUCACAUACAGUGGCUGAUUCGCCUCCCUGUAGAUAAUACAGUAAUGAAGAGACACUUCCCAGAGCACUUAAGUGCUACUGUUUUAUACCAUUUAAUCAGCUGAGCCUUCAGCUUCUGUCCCUGGUUGUGCCCUUAGAGGGUCAGCCUCAAAUUUAAGGUCAGAAGGGACCGCCCCGAUCAGCUCAGCCGACCUCUGCAUAUCACAGCCCCCCCGGGACCCGGAUUAGGCUAACAGGAGCCCGCCCUGUUGUGUGCCACAGGCAGAGUACAGGAGGGAGGGAGGUCUGUAGCUUUGCGAUGCGGAGUGCCACUACCAAAAUGCCAACCAAACUUGUCUUGUGCCCUUUAUCUGCCUCCUCUGCCCAGCCUGAAUUGCAUCAGUGCCCAUGGUUGGUAUCAGUCACAGGUCCAAGUUGGAGCCAGGCCUUGCCCCUCUUGGAAUAAAUGCCACAGGCACAAAUCUGGAGCAGGCCACCCCCAGAACUGGUUUCCUUUAAUUGCUGGAUUCAUCCCACUUCCAGCCUGGCUGCCCUUGAGCAGCUCCCUGCAGUUCUACCUACCCUAGGAUGUGCUGAUAGGGGGCAGGACCUCUGGGUGGAGCUGGGCUUGGACAUUCCCACAUGCAACAGGAAAUGCAGAGAAUUCAGAGGUGGAAUGUAAUUAUCCUGGUUUGGAUCAAGCCAGGACAAACUUACCACGCUAAUUCCAUGGAAGCUCUAAUGAUAAUGUAGAGCAUGGUGACUGAUCCUGCCCAAGGGGUUGUGCCCUCUCUCCUGAGAGGCAGGUCCCUCUAGAUAAUACAGUAGUAAAGACACCCUCUUAGGCUACAGCAGACCCGAUUUUACAGAAGUACGUGCUUGUGUGACUUGAAAAAUAAAACCUUUU